AUGUCUUUGCGAAAUUUACAACAUCUCCUCGAGGUCGUCGCUGCGAAAGAAGGCAGCGGCAAUGUCGUCUCCUACCCUAUGGGAAAUCUGCACGAGCCCAGAGUCUUCUCCUACAGUCAGCUAUUCAUGCUAGCCUUGAAAGCAUCCUGGGCUCUUCGCUCGAGAGAAGACUUCCAAUCUGGAAGCGUGGUUCUGCUUCAUUUCAAUACUCACUGGGAUAUCAUCGUCUGGUUCUGGGCCGCUCUCUUUGUUGGAUGCCUCCCAGCCUUGUCAAUCCCCUUCUCCAACAACCCAUCUCACCGCACCGCACAUCUCGAACACCUGUCGAAAAUGCUCAACAACCCCCUAUGCCUGACACGGGCUGACCUCUUGCCCGAGUUUGGGGGACAAGAAGCUAUCGACCCAGUUGCAGUGGAGUCACUCGAUGUGGACAAUGCUCCGCCAACAGAUAGCUCCGACAUCUGCCGAGAUUCAAGUGCCAGUGAUAAUGCAGUGCUCAUGCUCACAUCGGGGAGCACGGGAAACUCCAAAGCCGUGUGUCUGACCCAUGGGCAAAUUCUGGCAGCUAUUGCCGGUAAAUACGGGGUGGUCGAGCUGCCGGAGGGAACCUCAUUCUUGAACUGGAUCGGUCUGGAUCAUGUUGCCGCGAUGAUUGAGAUCCACCUUCAAGCAAUGUACGGGGAAAAGGACCAGAUCCAUGUCCAGGCUCCCGAUGUCCUUUCGCACCCUACGGCCUUCAUUGACUUGAUCCACAAGCACCGCGUCUCGAGGACCUUCGCUCCCAACUUCUUUCUCGGCAAGAUCCGCGCUACCAUCAAGAGCCAGGGAGACUCCGUCCCACACGACUGGGACCUGAGCUGUCUCCGCUAUAUCGCGUCCGGUGGAGAGGCCAACGUGACCAAGACCUGCGAGGAGGUCGCAAAGCUUCUGGAGGAGCACGGUGCUCCCCCCAAUGCUAUCAUACCUGGAUUCGGCAUGACAGAGACCUGCGCUGGAGCCAUCUUCAACACCGAUUUCCCCCGGUACGAUGUUCAGCGGUCCUCAGAGUUCGCCUCUGUGGGGUCCUGCAUGCCUGGCAUCAGCAUGCGAGUCUCCGACGGCGAGAACAACCCCGUGCCGGCCGGAGAGGUCGGGUCUCUCGAGGUUUCGGGUCCCGUGGUGUUCAAGGAGUACUUCAACAACCCGACAGCGACGGCUGAGGCCUUCACCACGGACAACUGGUUCCGCACCGGCGACCGCGGCGUCAUCGACGCGGCCGGUAACCUGACCCUGGUCGGCCGCGCGAAGGAAACCAUGAUCGUGAACGGAGUGAACUACUACCCGCACGAGGUCGAAAGCGCUCUGGACGAGGCCAACAUCGCGGGCCUGACGCGCAGCUUCAACUGCUGCUUCUCGUCCUUCCCGCCCGGCGGCGACACGGAGGAGAUCAUCGUCGUGUACCUGCCCACCUACGCCCCCGAGGACAUGAUCGCCCGCGUGCAGACGACCGACGCCAUGUCCAAGGUGGUGAUGAUGUCGACGGGCUGCCGGCCGAAGCUCCUGCCGCUCGACCGGUCCCUGCUGCAGAAGUCGGCGCUGGGCAAACUGUCGCGGGCCAAGAUCAAGACCGCCUACGAGAAGGGCGAGUACCAGACCUACCUCGAGAUCAACGAGGAGAUGGUCAAGCUGUACCGGCGGGUCACGCGCAAGGACCCGACGGACGCGCUCGAGCAGCAGCUGCUCUCGAUCUUCACCACGUCCCUGGGCCUGCCCGCGGGCGACUUCGACGUGCAGACGCCCAUCUUCGACAUGGGCAUCACGUCGAUCGAGCUGAUCAAGCUCAAGAAGAACAUCGAGGAGCACCUGGACCUGACGGCCGAACUGCCCAUGAUCACGCUCAUGACCAACAGCACGGUGCGCGACCUCGCCCGCGCCCUGCACGACCUCCAGCAGAAGCACGAGUACAGCCCCAGCCCGCUGUGGCUGGUGCACCCGGGCGUUGGCGAGGUGCUGGUGUUCCUGAACCUGGCCAAGUUCCUGGUCGACCGGCCGGUGUACGCGCUGCGGGCGCGGGGCUUCAACGACGGCGAGACGCCCUUCGCAACCAUCGCCGAGGUCGUGGCGACCUACCACGCCGCCAUCAAGCGCGAGCAGCCCGCGGGGCCCUACGCCCUGGCCGGCUACAGUUACGGCUCGAUGCUGGCCUUCGAGGUCGGCAAGGUGCUCGAGGCCCACGGCGACGAGGUGCGCUUCCUGGGCUCCUUCAACCUGCCGCCCCACAUCAAGUCGCGCAUGCGCCAGCUCGACUGGAAAGAGUGCCUGCUCCACCUCUCCUACUUCCUGGACCUGAUCACCGAGGCGCGCUCGCGCGAGCUCUCCGCCGAGCUGCAGGACGGGGCGUCGCGCGACGACGCCCUCGCCCGGGUCAUGGCCGAGGCCGACCAGACCCGGCUGAGCGAGCUGGCGCUGUCCGAGGCCGCGCUCGUCAAGUGGGCCAGCCUGGCCUUCUCGCUGCAGAGCAUGGCCAUCGACUACGACCCCUCUGGCUCUAUCGCCGGCAUGGACGUCUUCUACUGCAUCCCGCUGGCCGUCGUCGCCUCCUCCAAGAAGCAGUGGCGCGAGGAGCAGCUGAGCAAGUGGGAGGACUUCACCCGCUCGCAGCCCCGUUUUCAUGAUGUCGGCGGCGCCCACUAUACCAUGCUGAGCCCUGAGCAUGUCUUUGGCUUUCAGAAGACGCUUCGCGCGGCUUUGGAUGCACGAGGCUUGUAGGCUGGCGUGUAGAAGGCGAGGGGAGAUUGACUGGGGAAUGUUUGUGGGAUGAGGGUUUUGAGUAAGGUCGUGGAGGGAAAAGCCCGGAGGGACCGACGAACGGAAGACGGAGUAGAUACACCUGUGUUAAUUUGAAUAUAUGGCUUACUUUUUA